ACAAUAAUCCAGAGCAUGUUCCGCUUCCAAAGCUGUGCACGUCAGGCUGCGAGGAGAGCUUUUGUCUCGGCCGCAAGCAUGGCCCCACGGGCUCAUCAGGCUCCUCAUUUCGUAGCUGCCGGCAUCACGGGGGCAGGAACAUGCCUCCUCCUAGCGCACUCCAUGCCAGCCCAGGCUGACGCCGCCCUUCCUGCCACUGAUACCUCCUCCGCCUCCCCCUCUACCUCCUUCACCAUCACUGCCCGCCUCUCCAAAUCGGGCGCCUCAAAAGAGGAAAAAGCGAAGCCUUCCCAAAGCAGUAGCAGCAGUGAGCCGCACCCCGCGAGCCCGGAGGGCAGACCGCUCACCCCUGCAGGUGAUAUCGCCGCCGUGCUCUCCGAGAUGGAGGAGGAGGACGAAGGAAGAUACGACUCAGUAGAGCUGGAGGAGACAGAGUGCCCCCUCUGUCAUUUUAUGCGGGCAAGUCCAUGCGGUGCCACCUGGGUGCGGUGGGAGAAGUGCAUCCACUUCCACAAGAGUAAGGAGGAGGACUUCGUGGGGCCCUGCGCCCGUGUCACGCUGAAAUUGGCCGAGUGCAUCCAGCAGCAUCAGAACGACUUCCCGCCGACGUUGAGGAAUGCCUUGUUGGGAGGUGCGGAUGUCGAAGAGGGCGAGGGGGAUGAAGCGGAAGAGAAAGAUGGCGCGAAAGGCGUGACGGAGGGGGGGGACAAAGACAGGGGAGAAGACAUCCUGCAGUCGUCUUCCACUUCAUCCACCGGCGGCAAGAGUGAUAGGCUGAAGAAGAACUUCACGCUUCACGAGGACCACGAAGAGACUGAUCAGUCGGAAGGUGACGAGCAUCCGGUCAAGAGCGCAUCCCCAGGAGCGUUACCUCCCUCCCGGUCCCCCAACGGGGCUGAGGAAGGAGAGAGCGAGGACGGAAAUGCGGAGGGCCCGAUAAAAAAGUAGACACUUGACCGAGGUA